AUGGCAUCCGGGACAGCAAGAGCCGCUAGCCGCGCCAACAGCUAUGCAGACGAUCGCAUGCGCAGUUCCAUGCCAAACGGAAGCUUCAGGAGCGAACGACCAGAUCCGAGGGCACCCGAAGCUUCUCACCCCGAGGCGCAGUAUCCUGGCAUGGCUCAUAAGAGGACCGCGUCGGGGAAUCCAAGGCCCGUGAACAGAUCAAUAUCUACACAAGAGCGGAGAUACGAAGAGCGACGGGUUACGGAAAGGACUUUUGAGGCGCAUGUGGAUAGGAUUUUAAAACGAAAUCCUAGUCCAGAGAAGCAGCAUAGACGAAGUGCCACUGGCGAGAGAAGGGAAGGGGAGGUGAGGAAGCAGAAGUCUACUGAGUUUCGGCCCAGGGAUUCUCAGUCAGAUGCUUCACAAGCUCCUUGGGAUCCAGAAGCGACUUUGUUACCGCAUACUUCUGCCCCGUUGGCUUCGCGAAUAUCGAUCCCCCCGGCUGCCUCAACAGUUCCACAGGCACCACAGCCGAAAUCUUUGAAUGAGCUGACGCUAGAGAUACAAGAGGCAGCUAUCGUGGAAGAUUUGCUGUUUGUGUUUAUGGGCUACGAGGGGCAAUACAUUCGCUUUGCGAAGGGAUACGACCCGACCGAAGAGCGAGAUCGUCUCACUGGACCAGGCUUCAAGAUAUCACCCGGACUGGAUCCAAGUCUGGCGGACCUAACUCGCACUAUGCUCAAAAUGGCGACGUAUUACUCGGCUCUGGAGGCAUUCGUUGAUGUUCAGAGUCGAGUCGAGUUCGGCGCCGUGAACCAUGCGCUAUGCGCAUCGAUACGGAAGUUCUUGCAGGACUAUCUUAUUAUGAUUGCACAACUAGAGACACAAUUCCUCACAAGCGAAUCAUUCACGGUUCAUGUGCUGAAUAUUCAUACGAUGCCAACGUGUCAGAUGAUGCAUCAGCUGUAUUUGCUGGCUCAUGAAUUGCUAAAGAAGAAUGGUAUAGUGGACGAUGAGACUGAAGAUGAAGAUGACGAGAUUGAAAACGACGAUGCAAUGAUUGAGCGCUUGAGGGAAGGAGGGGAGCUGAUACCAGGAAACAUGACCAGCAAGAAAAUUUGUAAAGGCGGUGUCGUUCUGGGUUUGAUAACAAUGCGGCUCGAAAGGAUGUCUGGGGACCCGGCAGCCAGAGCUCUGCUCACAUCGCUGCUACGAGAUGCCAGUCGUCCAUAUAUGGUCAUGCUCAAUGAGUGGCUACAUCAUGGAAGCAUCUACGAUCCACACUCUGAGUUCGUCAUCGAAGAACGAAAGAGCAUUAAUCGGGAGAGGUUGUAUGAAGAUUACACGGAUGAAUACUGGGACAGACGAUAUACCAUCCGCGAAAAGGACAUCCCGCCGCAACUCCAAGGCGUCAAAGACAAGGUUCUACUGGCGGGAAAAUAUCUGAAUGUCGUGCGUGAGUGCGGAGGCGCCGCCGCAAGCAAGGUUGUCACCGAUGUGCCAACGACAUUUGACGACCCUCGUUUCCUGGAAAAUGUCAAUAACGCAUACGCCCACGCCAACAAGUCGCUGAUGCAACUUCUGCUUACAACGCACGCUCUACCUGCCCGACUACAAUCAUUAAAGCACUACUUCUUCCUCGAUCCGUCCGACUACUUCUCCUACUUUCUCGAACUCGGCUCGUCCGAACUGCGUAAACCAGUCAAAAAUGUCAAUACGAGUAAAUUGCAGUCCCUGCUGGAUCUGGUGCUCCGCCAACCGGGCAGCAUCGUGUCCUUGGAUCCGUUCAAGGAAGACGUCAAGGUCGAAAUGAACGACGUCACGCUCAUCAAAUCACUACAACGUGUUGUCAACAUCAGGGGUAUUGAGCAGGGCGAACCGCUCCAACCUGUUGCCAACCAACAUAUUGAAAAGGACAAAAAUGCCACUGGAUUUACAUCUCUCCAAAUCGACUACUCUGUCCCAUUCCCCGUGUCCCUCGUCAUUAGCAGGAGGACAAUUUGGCGAUAUCAAUCGCUAUUUCGAUAUCUCCUGUCCCUUCGAUACCUAGAAUCACAACUCUCCACAACCUGGCAGACGCAAACACGCGGCGUAAGCUGGGCUCACAAGGGUCAGAACCGCGCCCUUGAAUUAUGGAAGCGUCGCGCAUGGACUCUCAGGGCUAGAAUGCUCGUCUUUGUCCAGCAAUUGUUGUACUUUUGCACCGCCGAAGUCAUUGAACCCAACUGGACAAAGUUCAUGUCGCGACUGAGCGCCAAGGACGGUGACCCGACGAAACCGUCUGCACCGACCCGCACCGUCGACGAAUUGAUGCAGGACCAUGUCGACUUUCUGGAUACAUGUCUGAAGGAGUGCAUGCUCACCAACAGCAAACUCCUGAGGAUCCAUUCCAAACUCAUGCAAACAUGCACCAUCUUCGCCGCCUACACAAAGUGGCUGACGCAGGAGCUUGAAAAAUCUGACCCCGAUCUGUCCUGCACCACGAAGCCCAAGACUAUGACUGUUGACCAGUGGAACCGCUUCCAGGCAACAAAGGCUGCAUCCCGCCCGCAGCCGGAUUCUUCCUCCGCACCGACGGAUCCCGAGUCACGCGUGAAUAAUUUGUCCGAGAUUAUAAAGAAGUGGGAGAAUAACUUUAGUAGACAUCUGCAGAUAUUACUUGAUGCGUUAAACUUCUACGCCGCCACGGAGACGGUGGUUUUACUUAGUCUCUGUGCGAGAUUAAGCACUGCGAAUCAGGGGACCGAGUUUGCGGGACGGGGACAGGACGAGGACAUAGGAUAA